AUGGACCACGGACACAUGGACCACGGACACAUGGACCACGGACACAUGGACCACGGGCACGGGGAUGGAGGUGACGAUGCUUGGCAAGGAGCUGGCCAAGAUGGGUACGACGACGGAUACGGAAUGGACGGUCAGGGCGACGACCAUUAUCCUGCGUGGGACUCGCUCAUCUCGGAGAUACACGGCCAUAUCGAUACCUACGAGCACCACAUGGACAAUUCUCCGUCCGAGGAAGAAAAGCAGAACAAUCUGCGCCGAACCCUGAAAGAUAUCAAGCGACUUGCGCGGCAACUUCGAGAGAUGGACCCCAGCAACGAAGAAGCCCAGACCUACUACAAAUUCGCCAAGCACGCACAAAGGGGGAAAUAUCAGGGCGAGUAUGACGAUCCGGACGAGGACGAGGACGAGGACGAGGACGAGGACCAUGCAGACAAGCACGAGUUUAAGCUAGAGAUGAUGUGGGAAUCUGACGACGAGUCUGGAAUGGACUCGGACUCGGAGGCAGGAGACGACGACGACCAGGAGCAAGGCUGGGGCAACGACCACCACGAGGCAGGCUGGGACCAUGGGGAAGGGCAAGACGGAGACUGGGGGGAUAGCUAUGAUCAGGGAGACGACUAUCAAGAUGGCGGUUAUCAAGAUGGUCACGAUCAAGGACAUGACGAUCAGUGGGGGGACGAUGACAAUCAAUAUGGCGAUGAUGGGGACAACCAAGACCAAUAUCACGACCAUGAUGAGCAAAAUGGCGAGCAUGACCAUGGCCAUCAACACGACCAAGGAGACCAAGGAGACCAUGAUGACUACGACCAGCCACAGUACUCACCACACGAACAUGACGGUUGCUAG